UUUCCUUGCAGUAACGAGAAGGACCGGGCGAAAGCCCCCGCGAAGAAGAAGGAGGACCCGAGUGCCAUCAAGGAGCGGGAGGUCCCCCAGCACCCUUCUUGCUUGUUCUUCCAGUAUAAUACACAGUUGGGCCCCCCUUAUCACAUCCUGGUUGACACCAACUUCAUCAACUUCUCCAUCAAGGCCAAGCUGGACCUAGUGCAGUCAAUGAUGGACUGUCUCUAUGCCAAGUGUAUUCCAUGUAUCACAGAUUGUGUAAUGGGUGAAAUUGAGAAGUUAGGACAGAAGUACCGUGUGGCGUUAAGAAUUGCCAAGGACCCUCGGUUUGAACGCUUGCCGUGUAUGCAUAAAGGAACCUAUGCAGACGACUGCUUGGUACAGAGGGUCACUCAGCACAAAUGUUACAUUGUGGCCACAGUGGAUAAAGAGCUCAAGAGGAGAAUACGAAAAAUCCCUGGAGUGCCUAUAAUGUAUAUUUCCAGGCACAGAUACAAUAUUGAGAGGAUGCCAGAUGAUUAUGGAGCUCCUCGAUUCUAACCUGUCCAGCCAAGCCAUCGAUGCCAGGACUCUGAGCAAGGAUAAGGGUCCUUCUGGUUGCAACCCUCCUGCUUUCUUUUUUGCUGGGACUCUGCUCAUAGGACUGUGGGUGACAUUGGACUGACUUCAUAGCCUUGAUCUUCUAAGAAAAAGAUACUUGGAAGAGUCUGUUUUUAUUCAUCUUGUUCUGACUUGGCCUGAUUACCUGUAUCUUGGGAAAAGCACGUGGGAAAGAGAGAGCGGCAGUGCUCAGAAGAUGCCUAACUCCCUCUUCAUU